AUCACACAUCCCCUCACGCGCUUCAUUGCCCUGUCCGUACGACACUGUAGUGCUUACAUGUUUGGGGAAACAGUGAUAGACUUUGAUGUGGGAGGGGAACUAACUAUACUGAGCAACUUUAAGAAUAAAAAAUACUAAUAAAUAAAGUCAUCUCAGUCGGCUGUGGAAGCCGCAGCAUUGCACUGCAUGGACGUGAGCAGAAAGACGAAUACAAACUGCAGUGUAACCCACUGUGGCAGAAACAACCUAUUGAUUUAAAGACUUGAGGGGGAAAUACACCACCUGCACCACCAGCAUCACCACCAGCACCAGCAUCACCACCGAGGAGCUUGGGGUUUAUCUGGGCAGUGUUUGAGAGAAUCCAUAAUGAUGCCUGCACGAGAAACCACCAAGAAGAAACCACCCAAGGACAGCUUAACAUUAUUACCCUGUUUCUAUUUCGUAGAGCUGCCCAUCGUGGCUUCCUCUAUGGUCUCUCUGUACUUCCUGGAGUUAACUGAUGUGCUGCAGCCAGCGCAGGUGGGUUUUCGCUGCCAUGAUCGCUCGCUCAGCAUGCCGUAUGUGGAGAGCGGAGAGGAACUUAUCCCCCUGCUUAUGCUGCUGAGUCUCGCCUUUGCGGGCCCUGCUGCUUCUAUUAUGAUUGGAGAGGGUAUUGUGUAUUGCAUGCAGUCCAGACUCAAGAUAGGGCCUGGGAAUGAGGGAAGCAUCAAUGCUGGUGGAUGUAAUUUCAACUCUUUCCUCCGCAGAACUGUGCGUUUUGUUGGUGUUCAUGUGUUUGGUCUUUGUGCCACGGCACUGGUCACUGAUGUCAUCCAAAUUGCCACUGGCUACCACACACCCUUCUUUCUGACUGUAUGCAAGCCCAAUUACACCCUCCCUGGAGUCUCCUGUGACAAAAAUCCCUAUAUCACUAAAGACAUCUGCUCUGGCCAUGACCAGCAUGCCAUUCUCUCUGCCAGGAAAACCUUUCCUUCCCAGCAUGCAACUCUUUCUUCCUUUGCUGCUGUUUAUAUUUCAAUGUACUUCAACUCCACUAUCUCAGACAGCACCAAGCUGCUGAAGCCUGUGCUGGUGUUUGCCUUCGCCAUCGCAGCUGCCCUGACAGGUCUCACUCAGAUCACACAGUACCGCAGCCAUCCCAUUGAUGUCUAUGUGGGCUUUUGCAUCGGCGCUGGCAUAGCUGUGUAUCUGGCAUUCUAUGCUGUUUCUAACUUCAAACCAGCUCAGGAUGCCAUUCUUGUUCCUGCCUUACCCCCCCCGAAGGAUGCCCUACGAGCUCUUGCCCAGAGAGGCCACGACUCAGUUUACAAUAAAGGCCAUGCCUCUGAGAGCAACGAAGAAAUCACAUCACCGUCUUCCUUGGACGGGUUGAACCGCCCUCUCCAGCGGGAGAAGGCAUCAUUGGGCAGCCUGAAACGGGCCAGUGUAGAUGUAGAGCUCCUUGCACCCCGCAGCCCUAUGGGUAAGGAGACUAUGGUGACAUUCAGCAAUACUUUACCACGUGCUACAGCUGCAGGCCCUGAGGAGACUACAAGGCGUCUGGUAACGGUGCCUGUGCCUGUGGACCCAAUGCGCUCACACCAGCUAGUCUCUGAAUGGAAGCAGAAGUCAUUGGAGAUGCGCAGUGCAAGUCUGCAGAGCGAAGAGGGCAGUAAAGAGGACUCAGACCUAGGUGAGGACACCACUGAGGAAGAGAGCGCACCAUCCACAUUAUACAGUGCCACUGUUCCACAUCCUGCCAAGCCAGCCAAUGCACCAACUGGAGCAAAAGUAGUGAUGCCCCCCAAGCCACCAGUCCCUCCUCCGGUGUCUCCAAAGAAUGCGAGCACCCGUGCUAAGUGGCUGUCCAUCACAGAGAAGAGUGGGGCCAAUAUUCCAGGUGCCAUUAGGGCAACGAACCAACCUCGCAUUAUGCAGGUUAUUGCCAUGUCCAAGCAGCAAGGUCUGCUGUCCAGCACACCCAAAUCUUCUGAGGCCUCAUCCUCCUCUGCCACCUCCUCUAUCACAGGAACUGAGUCACCCCCCUACCGCCCACCAUCUGAGCGUGACAGCAGCUCUGGGAUCAUCACAGUGGAUGCCCAUGCCAUCCACCACCCUGUAGUCCACAUGGUCUCCAACCCUGCCAAUCCCUGGGAGUGGAGGGGAACCUCCAAUGGGAACAUGACCGAGUCAUAUGAACUCAACGACCUGAACCGCGAGGGCUCUAGAGGAUAUCGUCAGGUUAAAAACAGCUCACCAUGCUCUUCAACCAGUGAGGCUGACCUAGAUUCCCAUAAGCCUCUUCAAACCCCACAGCCCCCUCAACCUCCCCAGCUCCCCAAGCUUGAUCAAACCAUGGAGGGACGCAGUCUGCGCUGCAAAACCCCUCUGGUGCUAAUUGAUCGGGAGAACCCUCAAAUCCAUCAGGAGAACUUCUACAAAAAGCUGCAGAGUGGAAGACGGUUCAAAGAGUGACAAUGCACAACAUCUAGGAGCACAAAUGAUGCAGGUUGGACACAUAUCACUAUGCAUCACUCAGACUCUCAUUCUCAUUUUGUGCAUCUUUUAGUUUUGAUGACCUUGCUCACUAGUGAGGGGAAAUACCUGAGUGGUUUAAUGAGCAACAUAUCCAGAAAAUGCUGCUUCAGCCAAUACAAUGAGCACAAUAUUUUUGGUCAUAUUUCUCUAGACUGGAAUUGCACCGAAACCUAAUGAAGAACCUCUACACCUAUAUAUUUUAUUUACCAAAUUCACAGAUUGCAAAUAUGAACAAAAGGCUGACUGCAAGGUUGCUAUUUUGUAUUGUGGCCUUUUGUCUGUUGGUACUUGAUUUUAAGCACAUUUGUCUGUGCCUAUGAUGUCAAGUGGAUUUCAUCUAUUUAUGUCUUUUAAUGUGGUACUAUCUUAGAAUAUAUUGACUUGGGGAUAAUACUCUAAGAUAAACAUUUUCAUGGAGUUUAAAUUGAUCAACUUUCUCCUGAGGAAGGAGAGAGCUUGACUUCUUUUGCUUAAAGAAAUGCUGCACUCAGAAGUGCUUGGCUAGUAUUAGUUUUACCACUACUGCAUUUCGCAUUUUAGUGUAGUACAGUUAUGGGGAAUGUAACUAUUUUGACACAUGGAGCUUACAGGCUCAUACACAUGAAUCCUGACUGUAAUUCCUGCACACCUUAUACAUUUCAUAAACAUAUUUCAGAGACUGCCAUUUCAGGCUAUAUGAAAAACAAACUUGUGGGUAAAAUUACUGUAAGUCAGUAACUGGUAGUUAUUGAACAGUAAGUUCCAGGUCAGAAUGGACUACAUUUCCCUGCAAUAGUCUUCUUGAAAAAAUAUAAUUUUAUUGCUAUUUUCAAUAAAGGAAUGCAUUAUUCUGAGCACUUAAAAAUAAAGCACAGGGAAUUGCCUCAAGUGGCAGAUGGUUACAGUUAUAGAUUCUAGUAAUAAAAUGUGUUAAUAAGUGAGGAGGUUUGUUUAAGGCAUUUACUGUCUGCAUAUUUUGCUUAUUUUUUCUCUGGUAUUGAAAAACCUGUGGCUUGUGCUCGCUUGCCGAUGGACUACUGCAUGUUAUGUUAGUGGUUGUAUCAGUUGGAAGUUCAGCCUUGUCACAGUGAUGAAUUAAAAUUGAUCAGUGAUUGUCUUUGUAUUGUGUGGCAAAUGAAACACAUUGAAAGUACAAUGUGAAGACGUGAAGAUAUAAUAUAAUAUAAUUUUCAUAUUGCGAUAAUAUUGCCAAACCUUUCAGCACAGUUGGAAAACUAUGAUCAGCAUGAUAUUGUAUUAAAAUUAUAUGUAUUCAAAGA